AUGGACGAGUACUAUAGCCAGUGCAAACGCACGCUGGAGGAGGACAGCGACGAGGGCGGGCACCCGAACGUGGACCGGCGCGCGCUGAAGACGUGGAAAAGAGAAGCCAAAGAAAAAGUCCGGGAAGAGCUAAGAAUGCGGCUGAAGGCCAUAGAGGGCGCUGCGUCCAGCGAGGGCGAGGCAGCGACGAUCAGAGCGCUGCUGAAAGAGAAAAUAGUAGACACGAUGUCUGUCACCACGGUGAGCAAGGCCCGGAAGCUGGAUAAAAUCGUGGCUGUGGAAACGCCGUGCACCGAGCUGUUCAAGCUUGUUUUGGCCGCGGUGGAGACGGACAGCGUGCUGGAGUACAUAAAAGUGUUUGAGGCGAUGAUGAAAAAGAAGCCAGUCGACGAGAUGGAGGAGUAUCUUUUGAUGUGCCUGCGGGAAAACCUGCAGGACAACUGCGAAGAGGCUGCGCUGCGCAUUGCCAAGAUGUGCAUAGUGCUCGAGUAUAUGAAGAUGCCUGGAAAGGGCCUAACACACGCUGUUUUGCAAGCCCUGGAGAAAGAGGGCGCAGCCUACUAUGAAAGGGCAAAGGAGCGCUAUAAGAGCUUGCGCAUCGAGCCCGCGCCAUAG